UGUCACUAAACAUGCACUUCAAUUGUUCAUUUCACCGUCGCGUUUUUCUGUUACAACAACACCACCGCCACCAUCACCACCACCUACGCCGAACUGACACCACCGUUAAAUAGAGAUCGCCGCCGUCAAGCUUUUUCAAUAUCCAUAAUCUGUAAAAACGAUGUUUUUGAGAAGACGCUCCGUUCUUCAUCUUCUUCCCAAUCCCCACCUCAGAAUUUCCAUUUCCUCAUUUUGUUCCCAAUCACUCACAUUUCCCCAAAAUCAACAACAAUGGCUUCAAACCUUUCAACACCUUCAGUCAUUAGCAGACCAUGGCCGCACAAAGCCUGCACAAACUAUCUUCAAAUCGCUUCUUCUCUCCAACGCCCCUUACUCAUUUCCUUCUCAAAUUCACUCCCUCAUAUCCAAACCCAUCUUUCUAGAAACCCUCUUACCCUUUUGUUCGAAUCCCAAAACAAUCAACCGAGUCAUGGAAUUAUUCUAUUCCAUGAAAAAUGAUGGCUUUGUCCUUCCCAUUUGUUUCGUUAACUGUCUUCUCCAAACCCUUGUUCAUUCACACCAGUUCGAAAAAGCUCUUGCUCUUUUUAAUGACGUUGUUGAAUCGGGUAUUCGGCCUGAUGCUUUUUCGUACAAAAAAGCUGUUCAUUCUGCUGUUAUGAUGAAGGAUUUGAAUAAGGGGUUUGAGUUGAUUAAUUCAAUGGAGAAAGAUGGGAUUCGUCCUUUUGUUUAUGUGUAUAAUUUGAUAUUGGGUGGGUUGUGUAAAGGGAAGAGAAUUAAGGAUGCACGGAAGAUGUUUGAUGAAAUGAUUGAUAGAAGUGUUGUUCCUAAUACGGUGACUUAUAAUACGCUAAUUGAUGGGUAUUGUAAGGUGGGUGAAAUAGAGGAAGCUUUUAGCUUGAGAGAUAGGAUGAAGGCUCCAUAUUCGGAGCCAAAUGUUGUUACUUACAAUUGCUUGUUAAGCGGUCUUUGUGGUUUGGGGAGAUUGGAAGACGCAAGGAGUGUGUUGUUGGAGAUGGAGGGGAAUGGUUUUUUGCCUAAGGGGUUUUCGAGUCUUUUAUUUGAUGAUAAUUUUGUUUGUGCAAAUGAAAAUGGCUUGCUAGAUGGAAGUUUAACACGGGUUGAUGAGCGUACUUAUAGUGUUUUGUUGAAUGGAUUGUGCAGGGUAGGGAGGGUUGAAAAGGCUAAAGAGGUUUUGGCAAAGCUAGAAGAUAAUGGGGUUGUUCCAAGUCAGGUAUCAUAUAACAUACUGGUGAAUGCUUAUUGCCAAGAGGGUGACUUGAAUAUAGCGAUAUUGACGGUUGAAGAAAUGGAAAAACGAGGGUUGAGGCCUAGUUAUGUCACCUUCAAUACCCUGAUUAACAAGUUUUGUGAAACUGGGGAGUUGGACCAGGCAGAGAGAUGGGUUAAGAAGAUGAUGGAGAAGGGUGUUUCUCCCACUGUUGAGACUUAUAACACUUUGGUUAAUGGUUAUGGUAUGGCGUGUGAUUUUGUUAGGUGUUUUGAGAUUCUUGAGGAAAUGGAGAAGAAAGGGAUAAAGCCUAAUGUCAUAAGCUAUGGUUCUCUGAUAAACUGUCUGUGCAAAGAUCGUAAGCUUCUUGAUGCUGAGAUUGUGCUUGGGGAUAUGGUAGGUCGUGGGGUUUCUCCAAAUGUAGAAAUAUAUAAUAUGCUCAUUGAAGCUAGUUGCUCAUUGAGUAAACUGAAAGAUGCCUUCAGAUUUUUUGAUGAAAUGAUAAAAAAUGGAAUAGAUGCAACUCUUGUGACAUACAAUACACUGAUACAUGGAAUCGGGAAAAAUGGAAGGUUAGCAGAAGCUGAGAAUCUGUUUCUCCAGAUGAUCAGCAAGGGAUAUAAUCCAGAUGUGAUUACAUACAAUUCUUUAAUGUCCGGAUAUGCAAUGUCAGGAAACCCCAAGAAAUGCCUCGAAUUGUACGAUAAUAUGAAGAAAGUGGGUAUAAAACCUUCAAUUGGGACUUUUCAUCCUUUGAUCAACUCAUGCAGGAAAGAAGGUGUUGUGACAAUGGAGAAAAUGUUUCAAGAAAUGUUAGGAAUGGACUUAAUUCCAGACCGAGCUGUAUAUAAUGAAAUGAUUUAUGGUUAUGCUGAAGAUGGAAAUGUUCUGAAAGCAAUGUCUUUGCACCAAGAAAUGGUUGAUCAGGGAGUUGAUUCUGACAAGGUGACUUACAACUGCUUGAUUCUAGCACACCUUAGAGAUAGAAGGGUAUCAGAAAUAAAGCAUCUGUUUGAUGAUAUGAAGGCAAAGGGCCUGGUUCCAAAAACUGAUACAUAUAAAAUUUUGGUUAAGGGACAUUGUGACUUGAAAGAUUUCAAUGGUGCGUAUUUUUGGUAUAGAAAAAUGUUCGAUACUGGUUUCAUUUUAAAUGACCGCUUGUGCUAUGAGCUAAUAUCCGGGCUUAGAGAGGAGGGAAUGCUGCGGGAAGCCCAAAUUGUAUCCUUAGACUUGAGUAGUAGAGUUCAACAACUCGAAGGCUAGCAAAUGAUACACACCAUUAUACAUUACCGAACUUUACCAUUUUGGUAAUAUUACUUUGGAUAUAGAUUGUCCGACGACCCAUGAAUGGGAGAUAAGAAGGGAAGAGAGAAAAGAAGAGAAAGAAAGUAAAAAAUGGGAUGGACAAGGAAGAGAGAAAUGAAAAGGGAAAGUAAAUUUAAAAGGAUAUGUCCAAAAAAACAAGUGUACGAAAAACAGGUUCGUAUUACAUCCAAGAGGCAAGAAGUCAAAGUUAGGUAUCCAGGGCAGAGAAGUUAAAUAAACACAUGCUGAUAAUGAUUUACUGUAAGAGGACACAGAUAUAGACUUGUAUAAACCUUAGAGGAAGAAAAAAAUAAAAUCCGACUCUGUUACUUACACCGUCUUGAUAAGCGGCUGUUAUAAGGUGUCAAAAUAUGGAGAAGCCUUAUCUUGUAUGGAAGAAAUGAUGCAUCUCAAACUUCCUAUGUCCAAAAAGGUCUACUCAUCUGUAACAUGUGCCUAUAUCAAACAAGGUCAAAUCUUAAAAGCAGAGUUUACAUUGAAAUUGAUGGAAUCAUCUGGUAGCAGUCCAGAUGUGGUUACAUAUACCGGUACUGCAAUGCUUGAUGCCAACGAUGCAGCUGGAAAAAUAAUUUUUAACUGCACAUUAGGGCGGCUGGAUACCAUCCUGUACAUGGAGCCCUCACUUCCUAGUUAAUUCUUCCAAAUGUUGACAUCAGGUGCUGACGUUAACUUCAAUUUGAAAAACCUUUUAUCAUCUUGAAAUUGGAGGAAGUAUUUCGAGGCACUACAUUGGAUAGAGGAUGCAAGAAUUCGUCCCUCAGUAUUGAAGUGGCGGAUGCUGUGUGAUCCAUAUCAUGUAAACCAAAUUCAAACUUCAAUUUCAACCCAAGAGUUUUAAACUUCAAUGGUCUAUCCCUUUGCAAAACCACAAACACCUCCAACAGCCAGCUUCAUUUUCUGCAAUCUUUGUUGAUUAACCAAGGUUUUGACAAAAACUCCACUAUACUCCAGUUCUUCCCCUACCCCAAAGCCUGAUACAAGCGACAAACCUCUAUCGUUAAGAUCCACUCCAAUGAAUAAUCCUCUUCCCGCCACAUCCAUCACAUGGUUCUAUAUUGUUGCUGAGUCUUUGGCAAUUUAGACUUACGCUCCUCGCCAAAUUGGGAAGAUCUGUCCGAAUGUGAGGGAAUGGCAUGCAAAAAACUAAAAACAGUACUAGAUUUUCUUGGAGAAAAUUUGUUGGAAGCUGCGGGCACUCUAUUUAGAAUCACAAAUUCAAUUGUUCUCUCAUCUUCAAGUUUGUGUUGAUUUCCUGAGACAUCACAUCUACUUCCUUUGGUUUGUGAUAUUCCAAGGAUGUCAUCAGAGGAAUUCGCAAAGACAAUUAUACCCAUAUCAAAGGGAGUUGCCGAAGAGACUGUGCACCGGACGAUUUUGCGUCGAGGACAACAACUUCACCAUUGAAGAUCGUAGGUGGAACGUUGUGUGCCCAAGAGACUGCAGUAACAGCAAGCAUCUUGUUUCUGGGUUCAAGUCAGAUACGCCCACAACUCCCUCUUGAAUCGGGGUCCAAUAAUAUAAGCCCUUGAAUUAGGACCUCUAAGUUCCCUUUUUUACGAACCUGUCGUUAAACUAUAGAUGGGCAGUUCUCCUGCGGAGCUCUUAUUUAAGUGUUAUUUGCUGCCUUGCAUCUUCAUUUAACUGGUCCCUCAUCGCGUGAUGACACUUGAAUCCAGAAUUGGUCAGCAUGUCUCCUUGAUGGAGGAUACUUUGCUAUACCACCAGGCCUAAGGCUACUGGUGUAAAUUGAGUAUAAGCAAGCUUUCAGUAAGGUAAACAUUCCACUUGUGGUGGAACCAAUCCCCCAAGGUUUAAGUUCACAAACAGAGCAACACCUUUCUAGACAGAAGCCCUAAAAUUACACAAACACUCAUCAAUAUUAACCAUCUCUUGCCACUUUUAAGUAUGAAUGUAUGAUUCAUUAAUUAAAUUUUAAAACUUUUUGUACUAAAUAUGUUAAUAGUAUUAUUAGUAACGGAUCAAAGCUUCUAGAAUAAUAAAAUGUAGAGUUGAAUCAAUGCAUUUUGAAAAUUAGUCUAGCUUAACCAUGAAACUGUAGAACUUGUUUGGUGUUCAGUUGAGUCUUUUUGUAAAAUGCAUUUUGCAGCAUUUUGUCUUAAGUAAGGAAAAUGUUGCUUCUGCAGCCUAAUUUGUAAGUUCACUCUAUAAUUUGCAAGGUUAUAUAGUCAUUUGAAUUUGCUUUUAA